AAGCUAUUAUAGCGCGGGCUAUAUAAGGCUCAGACUAGAAAACGCAGCGGUUCAGUUAGUGGUCAUACGCCACGCUAAAAACAUACGCGAACUCGAAAAUGAAUAUCAAGAUUGCCAUCAUUUUGGUGGCACUAGCCACUCAAGUUAUAUGCUCGAAGGAGUCGAGUGAGGCGAGUGACAAUAAGUCGCAGAACGUCGAGGCGGAAUCAACGGAAAAGAAGACGGAGAAACGUGGGCUGGUUCACAGUUACGGUGACUUGGGCGGCGGUGGCGGAGGCGGAGGCGGUGGUGGCGGUGGUGGUGGAGGCUACGAUCAUCACGAGCACGUGAAGGCAGUGACGGUUGUAAAGAAAGUGCCGGUACCGUACGAAGUAACAAAGCACGUGCCUUACCUGGUGGAGAAACACGUGCCGUAUGAGGUGAAGGUCGGCGUGCCGCAGCCCUACACCGUCGAGAAGCACGUGCCCUACCCGGUGAAGGUGUUCGUCAAGGUGCCAGUACAUGUGCCGCAGCCGUAUACCGUCGAGAAGAAGGUACCGUACGAGGUGAAGGUACCCGUGGACAAGCCUUACGAAGUUAAGGUAUACGUGCCGCAACCCUACACUGUGGAAAAGCACAUACCGGUGCCGGUGAAGGUGCCGGUACCUCAACCCUACACGGUCGAGAAGCACGUGCCCUUCCCGGUGAAAGUAAAGAUACCGGUACCGCAACCGUAUCCAGUAGAAAAACCGGUGCCCUACGAGGUGAAGGUGCCGGUGGAUAAACCGUACCCGGUCCACGUGCCGAAACCGUAUCCGGUCACCGUUGAAAAGCCGUAUCCGGUGCCAGUCGAGAAGCCGAUACCGUACGAAGUGAAGGUGCCGGUAGACAAGCCGUAUCCGGUCCCGGUGCCAAAACCGUAUCCAGUGCCGGUGAAAGUGCCGGUGCCGCAACCCUACGACGUGCACAAACCGGUGCCGGUACCGGUGGAGAAGCCGGUCCCGGUGCCGAUCAAGGUACCAGUAGACAAGCCAUACAUCGUCGAGAAGGAGGUGCCGGUUCCGGUUGAGAAGGAAGUACCGGUACCGGUUAAAGUUCCGGUGGCCGUGCCGGUGCACAUACCAAAGCACGAGGACUAUAGCGGCGGCGGCGGCGGCGGCGGUGAUUUCGGCGGUGGCGGUGGUUAUGGCGGUGGUUACGGAGGCGACGGAGGCGGUUACGAGUCUCACUCUGGUGGUGGUUUCGGGGGCGGCGGUUACGAAUCGUUUCACGGCUGAUCUUCACGACGAUGAUGUGAAACGAACGUCACGAGAAGUCUUCUUACCUUCUCUCUCGAUGUGAUCACUCGCUUUUCUUCGAAUCGGUAUAUCAUUUCGUUGGAUCGUUUUAGAUACUCUUGAAGAGAUCUCGGCAAUUGAUCUAAAUUUUAAUAAGUAGAAAUUCUUAUCCCGAGAUUGUCGUACGAAGAGGAAUAUGACAAUUACGUGCAAUUAACGGAUGAGCUAUAGCUAUAAUAAUAUCUACGAUUGACGAAUUUAUUGAUGUAUUUUUGUAUGUACAUUUUUUCCAAAAACGCACAAUUGGGGCGAUUAUUUCGGUCAAAAUAUUUUUAGGCUGCAUGUUGAUGAGACAUGAGUGAAUCGAAUAUUCUAUCGAUAUUAUAUAGAUUGACGCAUAUCUUUCUCUGUCAAAAGUCUAAAUAAACAUCUUGCAUAUAUAUUUUUUUAAAGACACAGAAAAAUACGUGUAAGCUUCAACGAACAUUAUUCGCUUAAUGUUCGCGGCGAUUCGUUAUGUUCGUGCAAUAAUAUUGCUGUGAAGUAUGUUUACCAUACUGAGAAAUGUACCUAAGUAAGUUAAGUAAAGAAUAUAUUGUGAAAAAAGUACGUAUCUUUUUAUAUGAAAGAUUUAAUAAACUUCUGUCCCUAUUA